UCGUGUAGCACGAGAAAUCUUACUUACUUCAAGAGCACAUUGAAGGAAUUAUGUCUCAUACGAUCCUGUUGGUCCAGCCCACCAAGAGACCAGAGGGACGGACAUAUGCUGACUAUGAAUCAGUCAACGAGUGCAUGGAAGGCGUGUGUAAGAUGUACGAGGAGCACCUGAAGAGAAUGAACCCCAACACACCAUCCAUCACCUAUGACAUCAGUCAGCUGUUUGACUUCAUCCAUGACCUGGCUGACCUCAGCUGCUUGGUGUAAGUCAAACUGCGGUACAUUGUUUUUCA